AUGGAUCUGUGUCUGGAUGGAUUUGAUGACUUGGGCUUCGAUGGCCUCGGCCCUUCGCGGGGCUGGUCCAUGAAGCGCGGCCACCGCAAGCGCUUGGACGCUGCGAGCUGCCGGAACCCCAAGAAGAUGGGGAAGGCAAGCGAGGAGGUCGGAUUGGGCCGAUCGGCCGCGAAGCGCAGCGUGAACUCUGGCAGCCGCAAUUUGUGGCGGGAUCCAACAUAUCUGGGCAAGUAUGGUAGCGACUACCAUCCGCAGACCCGCCGCAACAACUUGAGACGGCGGAUGCGCGAGGCGGUGUACGAAAGCGAGGAGCUGGAGAGCGACUGGGAGGACUGCAUUGUUCUGUCUUUGGAGCAUGUUGGCUCGUUGGAGGCCAAGUGGAAGUAUCUGGAGGUGGCAUCUGCCUGCUCCUCAACCACAGCAGGCUUCGACACUGCUUCCACUGCUUCGGACUUUGGCUGGGAGUUCCUGGAGCCAACCACGCCGAGCCGCCCUUGCACUCCAAAGAUCGACAUCUCCCCAUGGCAGGCGGCCCUGCGCCGGGCGGAGCUCACGGCUAAGGAGUAUGCGCAGCAAUCAGGACAAGCGGAAAGCAGGGGCACCGAAGCAAGUCAGCGAAGGAGGCGUUGCAAGCGAGCCACCAUCGUUAAAAGCAUCCAGGCCGAGAUGCAGAAGCUGGCACAGGAGCUGAGGAGCAAGUACCAAGUGCACUUGAACUAUGAUCUGCCAUCGGCAGGACCAACCACGCCGUUCGAAAAGCUUCGAUGGAAGUUUCUGAAGGACCACGCCAAUGCCUUCUGCGCUUCUCUUUCUGUCCAGUACUUGCGUUGCGGCCGGCAGUGGAACUUGAAGCCCACACCCCUGCCUCAAGCUGUGGAGGACCGAUUUCUGAGCGCCUGCGCUCGUGCUUCGGAGGGCGAGCUGCAGCCGGCUCUUCACGGUACAGACAUGUCCAACCUGUCCUCCAUCUAUUCGCAGGGUCUUCUGAUCCCUGGAGAGCGAGGGAACGGCGUGAGGAUCGCGAACGGCUCCGUGCACGGUGUUGGGAUCUACACUGCCUACGUCAAGGAUGCCAGCUUGUCUUGGUUAUACUCCCGUGGUGAAUCUAGGCCAGUACUUGUCUGCGGCGUUCUGGAUCCACGAGCAAGAAAGCCCGCGUCCCAUAGGAACUCAGGCCAGGUGGCCUACACACAUUCAGCGCGAAUCUUCUUCAAGGACGACCUCGUUUCGCCAUUGUUCGAGGCAUCCCUUAGCAGCAUCCCUGCUUCUAGCUGCACUGUGCCAACACCCACAGUUGCAGCACUCCCCCCGAGAAUCCUUCCACCAGAUCCAGCAAAGGCCGGGCCUCGGACACGGCUGAGGCCCACAGUGACGCUUUUGAACUCUGCACAGGCCUUUUUGGCCCGCCGUGCAGCGCGCAAGCGUCAAACGUGA